UUGAGUGGACUUGUCAUUUUCUCCAUCCAAAUUGACAACACAAGAAAUUCGUUUUAAGUUUUGGAAUAUCUAAAUACAACAAUGGGCAUUUUCGGAACCCUUCACAUGGUCCACAAGGUGUACAGUACCCAGUGGCGACGUGAGACAUCGGAUACUCCAGAUUCCAAAGUUUGUGGUUGCUUUUCGAAAUCGCAUCGCCGACACGAAUGCCAGUUCUUAGCAUUCGAUUCCGAUUCUGAGGACUCGGAAUCCAAUUCCGGUCGCGGCGAUUUCGAUGACAGGACCAAGAAAUUCGUGAAAAGAAAUCUGAAGUCCUUGGUGUCCAUAGGCCAUUCGAAGGAACUGUGCCAUCUUGUCAGAUUUUGGUGGCCAUUGAAUGUCUGCAAUGAAAUGGGGCAGAGAAUUCGUCAGAUUGUCACUCGGCGGAAAUCCAAGUACUCUGUCCCCCAGAAUCCAGCACAUUUCAAGGAUAAUUUGGAUAUGCUCAGAUUUUCUGUUUGAUGCAACAGAUUUUGGUUUUAAAGCUGCUGUAAAUCAUGGUAAUUUGGCAUUAACCGUGAAAAUAUAUCAUUUUAGAUAA